ACAGUUAAAUUUUUGAUAUUUCCCAAGCUUCUUUAAGGGGGAUACUGUGAUUAUCUGUGAAAUUUUGAUAAUACGUAUAAAUUGUAUAUUUGAUGUCAAGUAAUUGCUUUGCAGAGAGACAGAGCGCGCUUUUCAUUCAUUUGAUUAUUUCAAUCAUAAUUUCUGAGGCUUCCCAGUCGGCUGUCUUCACAAAUACAUUGACACAGACGAAGGGGAGGAAGUCAUGGUCAUGGUUACACGUGCCUCCUCUUUUACUUCCCCUGCUCUCUGUGUUUCACUCUGUCUUUGCUUCUUACUUUUGUCACGUGCCGCCCACAUGAGCCUUUCAAAGGUGUUGAUAUAGAGAUGAAUCCUGCAGUAGAUGUCACCCCGUAUCCUCUUAUGGAUGUUCCUGGGUCAAAAGAUGUUAUAUCUUGUGAGAGAGUUCAAGUUUCCGGAUACUCAAGAUUGAAACUUGGGAGUUAUGCCAAUUCCUUUCGGGUCACUUUAGCUCCUUCCGUGGUAAUCCCUGACAGGUUACAUAGUAAAAUCCAGGUUUGUUUUCAUUGGAAUGCUUCACUUGGAUUAUGUCAGUGUGAAAUGGAUGAGUGGCAAACUAUUCAAAAGGGGGGAGUUUGGAGCUCUAUCAUGUCACCAUAUGAGGAGAGAUACAUUGAUGUGAGGUUUGUAGGUGGAGCCUCUGGUUCUGUAUCGGUUGCAGUUGAAGAGGGUGCUGCUGUCGCUCUUCUGCCUUUAAUUACUUCUUUUAAUUUACAUGUUGCAAAUGUGUUUUCUAUAUUGGUUGUAACAUAUUUUUGCUGUUGGCGUCUCGUUUGUCUAGCAUUUGGAUUUGUUCUGCUGCUGUUAGCACCAAUUGUCAGCAACUGGGUUCCCUUUUACCAUAGCAGUUUGAUGGCUAUAGGAGUUUUUCUUGUUAUUAUAAUUCUUCUCUUUCAGGGAAUGAAACCGAUGCCAACUGGAAGGAAGAACAUCUUGUAUCUAACUAUUUAUGGAUCAGUGCUUUGUGCUGGAUCUUUUCUGUUACAUCAUUUCUCAGUGCCGGUGAAUUCGAUUCUUGUCAAUUUUGGAGUUAGUGAGGAGAUGCACAAUCCGGUCUCCAUAUUCCUACUAGUUGGAAUUGUACUUGCAGGAGCUACUUUAGGUUACUGGUUCGUAAGGAAAUUUGGGAUCUCAAAAGAUGGAACUGUUGAUGUUGGUGUUGCUCAAUUUGUUAAAUGGGCAAUGCGCAUCAUUGCAACCACUUCCAUUUUCCAGGUUUGCAAUUUUAUUCAUGUUGGUUAUUAUGUUGAACUAGUAAAUUUUCCGGUCCUUAUUUUGCUUAUAUGUACUCAGCCAAGCUUGAUGAUAAUAUGUGAUAGACAAAUGGCCUGGGUAUGGGUAUUAUUAGGUCCAGGCAUCCAGCUCAUCCUGAAAUUCCUUUUUGAUGAAUAGUUAAAAAUGAAUGCACUUCCAUCUCAAAUUUGCUUGGUACUUAUUAUCAGGGUGUAAUUUGGGUGGGUUGUGCAUAACUUGACAUGAACCAGGUAACAUGACAGCUUGGCAUUGGGUUUGUGUGUUACAAUUCUGGGAUUAUAUGAGUUGACAUUCAAUGAAUCUGUUCUUUCUUUUCUUAGAAGGAUAUAGAAAGUUGUGGCUUUCUUUUUCUCAUAAUUCUAUUCAUCUAGUGGAUCUGGUUCACACUAGCUAUUACGUAUAUUCUUUUAUUUUUAUAUAUUUUUCUUCUGUUUCUUAUACACAAACAGAAAAAGAGAUCAUUUUUGUUAUAUUUAUUUUAUA